AUGGGCAAAGAAUUCAUUUCAGCUGGUCUUGGAACCGAGGUGUACAUGACGCCUCAACCAAACUCGGUAAAGACUGGGAGUCAGCAAUUUGACGAAAUGUACGGAGGACUGAAGAAUGCCAACAUCAAUGUGCGAUCCGUCUGGGUCACUUCACCAGUGAACUGGUUUUCUAGCUCCACCAGCAAUAUCAACUUCCUUAACUCUAUUCUCUCUAGAGCAAACCAAUACGGCCUUUCCAUUGGUAUCUACACAAGUAUCUAUGACUGGAACCAAAUCACCGGGGGAGCCACCAUCAAUAAUGCCAUGCUCUGGUACUGGAACACCUACGGUAGCGGUGUCUCGAAUGAGUCCCCGCCUAACUACAAUGACUUCCGAGCAUUCGGGGGCUGGAGCACACCCAGUGUGAAGCAAUUCGCUCAAGUUGAAUCUGUCUGCGGUGUGACAGUGAAUAGAGAUGUGUACACCGUCAAUGCUGCACAGAAAAUUGCUGGAAUGGCUAAAUACGAGAAAUCUGAGCAGAUUAUCGUUGGUUCCCUUGGUCUUGGAAAUGCUAUCGCAGGCAUGGCCGAAAUCAAACAAUAA